GCGGAGCAGAUGUGCGCGAUCCACACCCAAUAUUUUCUAGAAAGAAUAUAGAAUAGAUCUCCGCAGAGAUUGAAAGGUGACACCUUUCUGUCCAUUUCAUUUUGUCCGCAAGCUACCAUUUCACGUCUGUUCUCUUCAUUCUUAACCCAAGAGGCAUUAGAAUAUUGUGUUCAGUUGGAUUCCACAUUUUUCCCACCGAUUUGUUCGACGGCGAAGCGUGACUAAUUCUAGAAAUAAUGUCGGACGCAGCAGCAGAGGCAAAGCCGAUUCAUUGGGUUGCCCUGGAAUCGAACCCGGAGGUAAUGUCAAAGUAUAUGCACACUAUUGGAAUGUCCAAGGAUUGGUUCUUCUCUGAUGUCUAUGGUCUCUCCGAUGAAUUGCUUAUGAUGGUUCCUCCCUCUGCAGCAGCUGUUAUCUUAUGCUUCCCAUAUGGUGAUAAGUACAAGAAUUUUGCAAAAGAGGAACAGGAGAAAAUCGAAAAGGAUGGACAGACUCUAAGUGAUAAUGUAUACUUUAUGAAGCAGACAAUUCGCAAUGCAUGCGGGACUAUCGGUGUGCUCCAUGCUGUCCUCAACUGUAAAGAUAAAAUUCCUAUAGCUGAUGCAUUGAAUGCCUUCUAUGAGGAAACUAAGGGGAAGAAUCCCGAGGAAAGAGGCAAGAGUCUUGAAUCUAAUGAGAAGAUCGCUCAAGCUCAUGGAGAGAGCUCACAGGAAGGCCAGACAGAGGCACCACAGGCAGAAGAUGAUGUAUUUCAACAUUUCAUAGCAUUUGUAGAGAGAGAUGGGUGUGUCUAUGAACUGGAUGGGAACAAGAAAUUCCCAAUCAAUCACGGACCAGUACAGGAUGGUUUCUUGAAGUCCGCAGCCAAAGCCUGUCAGAAGUUCAUGGACCGAGACCCAAGCGAACUCCGCUUCACCAUCAUGGCUCUCAGUGACAAUGCUUAAAUCCUAUCCAACAUCUGUAAGCAGUGCUUGUACCAGUGGCUGAAUGUCAUGUGAUCUCUUGUACGAUAUACGUCAUCAUGUGAUAUAACAUGUGAUAUGUCAUGUCAUACAUCAUGUGACAUGUCAUGCGGUAUGUCAUGUGAAGGUCAUGUGAUACAUCAUGUGUCAUGUCAUGUGACAUGUAGGAAUAUAUAUUGUCAGGAGUAUGGGAUAGGACUCUGCUUAAUAUAUUUCAACAUAUUGCGUUCACAAGCAAGAUUAAGCAAGUUAUCAUUAUACAUUUACACUGAAUAUCAUUAAUUUUGUGUAAAAUGGAUGUCAGACCUUAACUUUCUUGUGUCUUUUGGAUAAGAUCUUAGUCAAACCCACA